AUGGCGCCUGAAACAAAAAAGCAUAGUCCCGGUCAUAUUAAAAGGCCAAUGAAUGCAUUUAUGGUAUGGUCACAAAUUGAACGUAAGAAAAUAUGUGAAAAAACACCUGAUAUACAUAAUGCUGAAAUAUCAAAAAAAUUGGGUGCUAGAUGGCAAGCACUUACACAAGAAGAACGUGAACCAUAUAUACUUGAAGCAGAUCGUUUACGUAAAUUACAUACAAAAGAAUAUCCAGGUUAUAAAUAUCGUCCAAAAAAGAAACAGAAUGGUUCUAGUAACAACAAUUCAAAUAAUAAUAAUAAUUCGACCAGUAAUAAUAGUACUAAUAAUAAUAAUGAUAAUAGAAAUAAUAAUAAUAAUAAUACUGCCAAUGGUACUACGAAAUCAUUAAAAAAUUCAUCAGCAAGUCAAAUAAGAAAAGCUAAAAAUAAUAAUUCAUCAUCAGAUACAAGUAGUAAUUCAUCAAAUUCUGGUAGAAAUAGCCGUCGUCGUAAUCGUAAUCCAAGUAGUAGUAGCAGUUUAAGUACAAGCAGUACUAUUAUAACAUUAAAUGGAAAUAAUAACAGCAGUAGUAAUAACAGUAAUAAUACUAAUAACAGUAAUAACAAUAAUAACAAUCAAAAUACAAUAAAUAAUAAUAAAAAUGAUACAAAUAAUAAUCAAAAUUAUCAUUCAAAUAAUAUUGUAUACAAUAGUUUUGAUGAAGAUGAUUAUAUGAAUGGUUUUGAUACAGAUACAGAUUUAAGUGUUAACAUUGGUUGUAAUAGUAAUAAUAAUACAAUAUUAACAUCAUCACCAUCACCAUUCAGUUUAGGUAAAAAUUUAAAUAAUAUAACAUUAAAUACAACAACACCAUUAGGUGCUGAAUAUAUGCAACAUUUAAAAAUGGAAAUACCAAAUUCACCAGAGAGUGCAAAAUUAUUUGAUGAUUCAUUACCACCAGCUGAUUGUUUAUUAUUAAAUGGUACAUUAGGUUCAAAUGGUAGUACAACAAAUGAUCUUGAUGCAAAUAUAAUUGAACGUUUUCUUGAAGUUGAAAUACCAUUACCAUUAACAGCAAUUGAUGAAGAUGAUACAAAACAUAUUAUGGAAUUACCUGGUACAUUACCAGAAUUUGGUAGUUUAGUUGAUAGUGUUGGACAUGCAAAAUUAAUUUCAACAACAUCACCAUCAUUAACAUCAUCAUGUAAUACAUCACCGUUAUCAUCAACAUCGAAUACAAUAAAUACAACAUCAUCAUUACUUAAUUCAAAUGAAUUAUGUUAUCUUGAUACAAAACCCUUAAUAACAUCAAAUACAGUAACAACAAUAAAUAGUAAUAGUAUAUCAACAACAACUGCCAAUUUAUUAGAUACAAAUUCAUCAUUAAUUACCACCGAUUCAACAAAUGAUGAUCAAGAUAUUAAAUUAUUUAAUCAUAGUAUGGAUACUGAUGUUGAUGAUGAUGACGAUAGUAAUAUAUAUUUAAAUAAUAUUGAAUUUGAUGUUGUUAGAACAACAUCAAAUUCACCAUAUUCACAAUAUGAUAGUAAACAUAAUAUAUUAAAUGAUGCAAAUUUAAAUCAAGCUGUUGUUAUAAGUAAUACAAAUCAAUGUUCAACAUUACAUUAUCAACAGCAAACACAUCAUCAUGUACAUCAAUCAAAUUUAAUACAAAAUAAUAAUGUACAAACACAACAACAGCAACAACAACAACAACAAGAACAAUUACAACAAAAUCAUCAACGACAACAACAACAACAACGUCAACAACAGCAACAACAACAACAACAACAACAAUCACAACAAAAUAAUCAACGAAUUCAACAUUUAAACGGUUUUCAACGUAAUAAUCAUUUAAAUUCACAAAAUACAAAUAUUACAAGAAUAAAUAAUAUACAAAAUAAUCAAAAUAUAAAAACAUUACUUAGUGAUUAUAUUGAUGAAGAAAAUGGUCUUGAUAUUGAUUCAUUAACAAGUAUUAUUGUUAUAUCAACUGAAGAUACAAAUUCAUCAACAACUAUAACAACAACAGGUCAAUCAAAAUCAUCACAAUUAUCUGAAAAACUUCAUCAACAACAGCAACAACAACAACAACAUCAAACACAUAAUAAUAGCAAUAGUAUUAAAAUACAUAAUAAUAAUAAUAACAAUACCAAUAUUAAUAAUAAUAAUAAUAAUAAUAGUAUUAAGAAUAAUAAUAACAGCAAUAAAUAUAGCAAUGAAACAAGAAAACAAAAUAUAAUCUAUGCUAAUAAAUUAAAUGAUAAUAUUACAAUUAUUGAUAGUAAUAAUUUAGAUAAUAUUAAUACAAAUGAUUUAAUUAUAAAUACUGAUGAAAAUAGUAAUUGUAGUACUAAUAGUUUAAGUAAUAAUAAUGAAAAUCUUAAUAUUAAUAAUAAUAAUAAUAAUCAUCAUAAUAAUAAUAAUAAUAACAGCAUUUACCAAAAUGGCCGAUGUACAACAACAUUUCGUGUAACUCAAACUAAAGAUCCCGAUCUCAAUACAUUUGUAGGUGGUAUAACACAUAAAUUAAAUAUUAAUAAUAUUGAUACAACAAAUAAUAAUAUAUUUAAUAAUAAUAAUAAUAAUAACAAUAAUAAUAAUUAUAAUAGUAAUAAUAGUAAUAAUAAUAGUAAUAAUAAUAAUAUUAUAAAUGGUAUACAUUUACCAUUAUCAAAUACAUUAACUGAUAUACAAUAUCUUAAAUAUGAUUAUAAUGAUUAUAGUGAUUUUCCAGUUAUAACAAAUUCAACAAAUCAAUUGGAAUUAGAACCUUUUGGAUUUUUAAAUUAAAAAUAUAAUUAUAUA